UCUCUGUUUACUCUAGGAGCAUGGGAGCGGACAUCAGGACUGUGGUUCUUGCAUUGUGGUUCUCCAUUUUCAAACCUUGCCGUCGCAAAGUCUGUUUUCAAGCCGGGAAGAAGGUAAAGUUUGUGUCAGCUCAGUGGCUUAGAAGGGAUCUAAUUUCAACAUGCAGAGCUCCAGAUCAUUCCUAUUCCAGGUGUGUUUGUGUCUGGUGGCUUCUAUUUGCUCUUGCACCUGUAAACCUUUCAAUAAUGACAUCCAGAGUAAGCACCAUGAGAGACUCUACUCUCAGCUGUUAGAGGAGUACCUACUGGAGGAGGAAGACACAAACUCCAAGAUGGAGAACCUCCUGGGAACCAUGAAGGAGGUUUUUCUGAGGAAACUCAACCUGUCGGAUGUUCCUCAGGAGAACAGUAAGAUCUACCCCUCUCAGUUCAUGAUGGAGCUCUACAACAAGUACGCCUCGGACAGCUCGGCAAACCCUCAGUCUGAUGUCAUACGAAGCUUCACUGUCCAAGAUAUCCCUCUCUCUGUGACGAAUGGCACAAAGUCAAAGUACAGGCUGCAGUUCAACAUCAGCAUCCCCAACCAUGAAAAGAUCACUACUGCUGAACUACAGCUCUUCUUCUUCCCAGAUCCCAGAUCAACGGUUAGCUUCCACAAUUUCAAGUCCGCCAUCAAAGUCUAUUUAGUGGAUUACUACAAUUUUGAAUCCACCACCCAACUGCUGGUUGGCAAAGAGGUGACAGGCUUGGAGAGCACGUGGGAGACGUUUGAUGUGACCACAGCUAUUCAGAGCUGGAUCACGUCGGGCCAUGCAACGACUGUUUUUGAUGUAGUGGUGGAUAGGAAGGACUGUGGGGCCUCUAAAGGUGGAGAAGAAGGAGCAGGCUGUUUGAAUAUGAGCGUGUCUUUUGGAGAUAACACUUCAGCGGCUUUAAUAGUCUUCUCAGAUGACCUGGGUAGCAGGAGGAGGGAGACAAAGAAGGAAUUAAGAGAGAUGAUCCUCCACGAAGAAGAAACCAUCUUACACUCGGGCACCGACUGGAACAGAGGAGAUCAGCUUCCAAACAAGAUCCCGGAGGCUCAGCAUCCACAGAGAAAGAAAAGAGAGGCAGAGAGGCAAUACUGCCAGCGGACCUCUCUAAAAGUCAACUUUAAAGAGAUCGGAUGGGACAGCUGGAUCGUGGCGCCUCCAGAAUAUGACGCCUUCGAAUGUCGAGGCCUGUGUUACCAUCCGCUGACAGACGAAAUGACCCCGUCAAAACACGCCCUCAUCCAGACGCUGAUCAACAUCAGGAACUCCAAGAAGGCCAAUAUGGCCUGCUGCGUCCCCAUUAAACUGGACCCCAUCACAGUCAUGUACCAGGAGAAUGGACGCCUCACUAUAAGAUACCUUUAUGAAGAGAUGAAGGUGGCAGAGUGUGGCUGCAGGUAGUCACAGAGAUUUGCUCUGGUGGUAGCACAGGUAAUUAUAGGCUACUGGUAUAAGUGGUCCCUCCAUUGGUCCAGUGAUAGGAACAUGCUAAUUGUUUGCAGGUAUAAUGUUUGCAAUGUUCACAAUCUUAUCUUAAAUGUGUUAGCAUGCUACCAUUUUCUAAUCAGCAGGGAUCCAUGGAAUCUGCGGCCACAGAAUUUUGCACAGAUUUUAGGCAAAUUAAAAAUAUUAAAAAUAAACAUCAGGAUUUUAACACAUCUCCCCAAGCAAAAAAAAACACAGUCCGCUAAAUUCUGUAGAUUUUCAUUCUGGAUCGCUGCUGAAAACUGUAAAAAAAAAAAAAAAAUCUGCAGAUUCCAUUUGGGUCUGCUAAUCAACACUAAAGACAAAGUACAGCUGAGGUCUGUAGGAAUAUCAUCACUUUCUUUUCAAUUUCCAGUAAAUCAAAGUAUUUUGACCUGAUGAUGGCGCUAGAUGAAAAGUCAGGGCAUACCAUUAUUAAAAUUCAUCAUCCAGGGAUCAUGGAUGUGUGUACCAAAUUUCAUAGCAAUCCAUCCAAUACUGUCAAGAUAUAAAAACAAAAGUCAACCUCAUGGUUGCACACAAAGAAAAGUCCAGGGAUCACCAAAAUCAUUAGGAUCCACCCUCUGGAGACCAUGAAUGUCUCUAUAAAUCUUCAUGGCAAUCCAUCCAAUAGUUGUUGCGCUAUAUCAGUCCGGACUAAAUUGGUGGGCCAACCGACAGACUGACAUUGCCAUCCUUAGAGCCAAACGGCUAGCAUGGCUGAUGAUAUAAUAAAGGUCAUGCAAUGCUUAAACUAAAUAAAACUGUAUGUACCUUUUUGAAACUGUAGUCAUGAAAUAAUGAAUAGAGUUUAUGCUAUUCCUUCAAAUUCAAUGCUAAUAAAAGUUUUGAAACUCAAAAAUAGUUUGAGGUCUGUAAUGCAGCACGGCAGUGGAACCAUCAACAGGUCCAUUACACCUUGUUGCUGCCAUGCACUCUAACGGAACCUUUUGCCAACAUUGUGUUUUUAUCAUUUAUGUUAUAUAUAAAACCACCAAGACAUUUGACAUUUGUACAUUGUGUAUUUAAUACUGUAGAUAAAAAGCUUGCCUGAACACUGUCUUGAGCUAAUGUUUUUUAACAAUACCUAUAAAAUUUUAUUUGUAUGCUACCCUGGAAAUCCAGAGUUCUGGUGCGAGCACAAUUUUAAUUUGCUCAGCGAGUUACUCUGGCAUUGAGUAAUGAUGCUCAUUAACUAUACCCUUGUA